AUGACUAGAUCAUGUUGCAAAUUUCUCGACAAUUGGGGCGGUUUCCAUCUAUUUUUUUCAGUAAUUGGUUUGAUAUUUUAUGGCCCAUGGAUUAUUUGGGGUUCGAUUGCAACAGCGAAGUAUGUCAAAGAACGACAAUCACAACAUCUCUAUGAUAAUACAAGUUGUUUACUAUUAAACUAUACGAUUCAUGCACAUACAUGCUUUGAUUGCUCAGGAGAGGGCUGUGAGCAUCUUCCUUGCUAUGAUGAAAAUUUCUGGGUUUCAUAUUUAAUUCAUAAUGGAACACUAGUAAAUAGUCUCAUCUUUACCAAAGAAGAGCCUACAAAACAUAGUCAGACACAGAUAGGUAACCAUUACUUAUGUUUCUAUGAUAGAACACGUGUCACACUAUGUAUAUGGAAAAUUCCAAAUGGUGAAUCGUAUUUGAGACAGUUAUGUGCCGCUUUUGGAGUUCUUGGGAUUUUGCUUCUGGCAACAUUAUUCGUGAUAUGCAUUGUGAAUGUGGACAUUGAUGUUGGGCAAGGUGGAGUGGCGCCGCCGGAUGGCGGAUCUUGUGCCUAG